AUGCGGAAACCAGCGAGGUUUCUCAGCGUGUUGGUCCUCGGAAGCCUUAAAGCGCGUGCAGAAGUAUCGGAUGGAUUCGUGUUGCUACCAUCUUUGGUGGAGACUGAAGCCUCCACGAGCUCACCUCAGCCUCAGAUGCCACGACUGGACCUCCUUUCAAUGGGAUCAGAUUCCCAGAAAAUCGGUGACCUCGAAACAUGGGUGAUGUCUAUGGCUGGCAAAAUGGAAAUGGACAAUGCUACCGUGGGAUUCAUUGAUCAAAUCCGACAGAUGGUUGAAGACAUGGUACCCCAGGUAUUGAACCGGAGUGCAGCUUCGGUCCAGGAGUUGAGGCGUCUACUCGAGGCCUUCACGCAUUGCCGUGUGGAAAAAGUACUCCAAGAGGACCUGGCAGAGCUGCAAGAACGCCACUUCUACUGCAGGGGAAACGAGAGCCGUCAGGCAAUCGCAACUGCAGAGGCCACUCAGACUUGGUCUGCCAGUGAUCUGGUCAAACAGUCGGAAUGCACCAAGUUCGUGGCGAUAGACCAAAUCCCGUCCCAUGAUGAGUGCGGAGUGCCGCAGCAUCCUGACACGAUGCGAUACUAUGCAGAGGCAUUGAGAAACAAGUUCAGAGACAAAUAUGACGAGUGGGUUCGAAGGAAAGAAAGCUGUGAUACGGCUGCCAACAGCACGGAGUCGCUUCGACUCAGGAAAGCUGCUUUGGAGGAGCAACAGCAACAACUACGUGCCAUUUGCAAUUCGCUUCAGGACGAUCUGGAUCAUCGCAUUUGUGGAGGAAAGGUUGCUGCAGAAAGGCGCUGCCACAGCUACGAGGAGUGCUAUGAGCGAGCACGGGCAAACUUUCUGGAGCAGAACAAGACAGUGGCAGCUUUGGAGAAAGAAAUGAAGCAGGAAUAUCGCGCAUUGAAGCGGAUCAUUUGCAUCCUCAAAGCCUUCGAAGGCGGUGUUGAAGAGAAGGAGCUGGAAGUGUGCAGAUCGAGAACUGUGAACCUUGAUCCUGUGGGCAUCGACUGGACUCCCUUCAAGAUUCUGCCGCCGCAGACUACGUGUUCUGCAAGAAAGUUGUGGCCGUGGCCCAAUGCUUCGUCUGCGGAGUAUGCCGCCGAUGUGUAUGGGUCAGUUCCCACCGACGUGGCGCUUAAGGCUGCCGUGGCCGCUUGGAUGUGCAGAAAGCCAGCUGCAGAGAGGCUAUGGAAGCUUUUGUGCAUAGCCCUCAUUGACGGUGAAGUCUCAAAGCAGAAAUUCGACCUCGGAGGCAACGGAAGGGCUGAAAAAAUCUGCUUUCGAGCCAACGUGCUCAGCAUGCAAAGCUAUCAGCAUACCCAGCUGGCAUCGGGGCCCACUGCGACAUCUGGGACAAGUGCCUUUGUCGAAGUUGCAUUAAAGAGAUACGAUUUGCACGGACCUCCCCAUGGCAUCACUUAUCUGAUCGGAGUGUCCAUAUUCGCCACGCUUUCCAAGUUCAGAGACGAAGAUUGCAUGUCCAAGGUCUUGCAGGCCGAAGUCAGAUGCGUCCUGCUGGACGGCGCAGGAAUCGUGGUGCUUCGUGGAUCCAUGCAACUGUGGCUUGACUGCUUCGGCCGUUGCAACGCGUCAUCACGAGAACAUCCGAAGUGGCAAGGACUCCUCUGGCAAGGUCACCCCGUGUACGCCUCUGCCGCAACCUGCGCCUCGAACCAAAGCGGCAAAGAAGGUGGGCCUUUGCUUUCGGCUUGCAACACGAACAAAUUCCAGAAGGACCUGAUGGGCAAUGCGAAAUGCAAGUGCAUUGGAAUCGCUGGGCUCAGCGGAGAUCUCCUGGUCAAUAUCUCAAAUCAGCAGUUUCGGUUCCCGGCCGAUCUGGGCUCCAGUUGCCAGAGCUGGGACGACGGGCGGCAUCCAGACUGUCAGAAAGCGCAACAGCCCGGCUGGUGCCAUCGGCAGUGGUGCUACGUGGACCCCUGCACGUGCAACAUCGAAGAGCUCCCAAAAGUGUCGACUUACUUCCCGAAGGCGAAUUACCGCAAGAAAGCCUUGUACUACUCCUACGAGACCUGCCACUCCUUCGACACAUUCACCUACGACUCGCACUCUGCCUGUGUGAACCAGGACUUGCUCCCUACGCUGCCGUUUUCGUAA